AUGUCUAACGGUGACGGUAAGUCUUUUCGGCCGGAAUCUCCAUUUCACAGCGGGGAUGACAACAACAGAAACAAGAACGACAGCGAUAACUACAACGUUUCUUCGCCAUUCCACGACCGGUUCCAGUUUGAAAACGCAGACGAUAUGACUUUGGAUAACGACGCCAGUGUGUUUGACCAAAGUCGAAAUGGUGGGAUUUCCACACCUUCUACGGCUUCGAGAGGAGGAUCCAUUCUUAGACGUCAGGGACAGGGGAAGAAAAAGAGUGCGGGCAAAAUAGCGUUCGCAGAGAGCGACAAGCCACAGGAAUUCCAAGAAUUGUCGCUAGAAUCAGACGAAGACGACUCUCAUUCUUUCACAGGAACGCCAAGAGUAACGCAGCUGACCACUUUUGGAGAGCCCGGACUAUCCGAAGAACGUCAAAUUGGUGAUGAUACAAGCGAUCUAGGGGUCGGCCAGGGGGACCUUGGUACACAAUCCGAAGGUAUGAAACGGAUGCGUUGGGGUACUAAGCGUAACAAGAAGGGUGUUCCCAGCGUAGGACGUGCAAAAACUCUGAGAUGGGCCCGAAAAAAUUUCCACAACCCGUUCGAGGACGAUAAAAAACAUGAAAACGACGUCGAUAGCUCCAGUAACAGUGAUAACACCGAUAGUACCAAUCGUGCGUCGGAGUUACGGUUUGUGUAUUACAAUCUGCCGCUGCCAGACAUGUAUCUGGAUGAAGAAGGAAAUCCGGUAGCCAAUUACGCACGAAACAAGAUCAGGACUACGAAAUACACCGCCCUUACUUUCUUUCCCAAGAAUUUGGGGCUGCAAUUCCGCAAUGUGGCCAACAUUUACUUUUUGGUGUCGAUCAUCUUUGGUUUCGUCGACAUUUUCGGUGUCACCAAUCCAGGGUUACAAACCGUACCUCUGAUUGUUAUCGUUGUGUUGACAUGUAUAAAGGACGCAGUAGAAGACUCGCAACGUACCAUUUCUGACAUGGAGGUAAACAAUACAAUCACCCAUAUCCUGUCGGGAAUUCCAAAUCCAAACACGUCUGAGGAUAAUGUUUCUUCGUGGAGAAAGUUCAAAAAGGCCAACUCCAGAGCUCUCUUCAGCUUUAUCGAGUUUUGCAAAUCACAUCUCAGCAAGGAAGGUCGGGCUGCUGCGGCGCAGCGUAAACGAGAACUGCAUCAUAGGAUGGCUAUCGGAGGUACUCCGCGUAAUUCCCUAGACACCGUCGGUAGUUAUAGGCCCUCUGGUAAUUUCGGACGCGAUUCAUUGGAUUACGAAGACGGGGGGCAGUUGGUAACCUCAGAUGAAGCUAAUGUUAUCGACCCAGAAAUAACACCCAGAACAGACUGUAAGUUUGCAAAGAACUACUGGAAAAACGUUCAAGUUGGAGAUAUCGUUCGUAUACACAACGAUGACGAGAUACCUGCAGACAUUGUCCUGUUGUCGUCCUCUGAUGCAGAUGGUGGUUGUUAUCUUGAAACGAAGAACUUGGAUGGAGAAACCAACUUGAAAAUUCGUCAAUCACUUCAUUGUUCGCAUCACAUCAGAAACUCUCGGGACAUUACGAGAACUAAGUUUUGGUUGGAAAGUGAGGGCCCUCACAGUAACUUGUACUCAUACCAAGGAAACUUAAAAUGGAAUGAUAGUCGUGAUAAUCAACUAAAAAAUGAACCGGUCAAUAUCAACAACGUUCUUUUGAGAGGUUGCAAAUUAAGAAACACAAAGUGGGCUAUGGGCAUAGUCGUUUUCACUGGAGCCGAUACGAAGAUCAUGCUGAAUUCUGGUAUCACACCGACCAAGAAGCCGCGUAUAGCAAGAGAGCUUAACUUCUCGGUCAUAAUGAAUUUUGUUCUCCUCUUUGUCAUGUGUCUCGCUUCCGGUAUAGUGAACGGUAUCUAUUACCGUACCAAAGAUGUCUCCAGAAACUUUUUUGAGUUUGGUACCGUCGCAGGUUCUCCUGCAGCCAACGGUGUUCUGUCAUUUUGGGUCGCUUUUAUUCUAUACCAGUCGUUGGUUCCGAUCUCUCUUUACAUCACUUUGGAAAUUAUCAGAACUGCACAAGCGGCUUUCAUCUACGGAGAUGUUUUAUUAUACAACAGAAAAUUGGACUACCCUUGUACACCAAAGACAUGGAACAUUUCCGAUGAUUUGGGUCAGAUUGAGUACAUCUUCUCUGAUAAGACAGGUACUUUGACUCAGAAUGUCAUGGAGUUCAAAAAAUGUACAAUCAAUGGUAUCUCAUAUGGAAGAGCUUAUACGGAAGCUUUAGCUGGACUAAGAAAGAGACAAGGCUUUGAUGUGGAGGCCGAAGGUCGGGAAGAACGUGCUGCCAUCAGAGAAGACAAGCGUGUGAUGAUCAAAGAAUUGAUGACUUUGAACCCUGGUGUAGACAUCAACGAAAAUGAAUUGACAUUUGUCUCCAAAGAAUUGGCUCAGGACCUGAAAGGCGCCAGUGGUGACUAUCAAAAGAGCUGUAAUGAACAUUUCUUGUUAGCCUUGGCACUCUGUCACUCUGUGCUCGUCGAAAAAUCAAAAUCUGACCCCGAAAAGCUGGAACUAAUAGCACAGUCUCCUGACGAAGCUGCUUUAGUGGGUGCUGCAAAAGAAAUGGGAUUUUCUUUCGCCGGUAAGACUAAGAGCGGAUUAAUUGUGGAGGUCCAGGGUGUCAAGAAAGAAUUCCAGAUUCUAAACAUAUUGGAAUUCAAUUCCACUAGGAAGAGGAUGAGUUGCAUCGUAAAAUUACCUGGAGCAACGCCAAAGUCUUCACCAAGAGCUCUGUUGAUUUGUAAAGGUGCUGAUUCUAUGAUUUACUCGAGGUUAAAAAGAAAUGGUGGACAAAAGGAAGAAUUGUUGCUCGAGAAGACCGCAUUGCAUUUGGAACAGUAUGCGACUGAAGGUUUGAGAACUCUGUGUAUCGGCCAGAGAGAAAUUUCAUGGGAGGAAUACGAAAGGUGGAACAGCACAUAUGAGACGGCUGCAAAGUCUUUAACCGAUAGAGAGGAGCAAAUGGAACAAGCUGCCGACAUCAUUGAGAGGGACCUCACUCUAUUAGGUGCAACUGCUAUCGAGGACCGUCUUCAAGACGGUGUUCCUGAGUCCAUCUCCAUUCUAGGACAAGCAGGGAUUAAGCUAUGGGUAUUAACAGGGGACAAGGUGGAAACCGCUAUCAACAUUGGUUUCUCCUGUAACCUUCUCAACAGCGAAAUGGAACUGCUUGUCAUCAAAGCAUCUGGCGAAGACGUUGUAGCGGAUGGUAGAACGCCCUUUGAAAUUGUUGAAUCCAUGAUUGAUAAACAUUUAAGUGAAAAGUUUGGCCUCACGGGUUCAUUUGAGGAGCUGGCUGAAGCUAAAAAGCAUCACGAGCCUCCAACUGGAAAUUGUGGUGUGAUCAUUGAUGGUGAGGCAUUGAAAUUGGCUUUGGAAAACGAUGAAAUUGCGCGCAGGUUCUUAAUUCUUUGCAAAAAUUGCCGGGCUGUGCUGUGUUGCAGAGUUUCACCUGCUCAAAAGGCAGCAGUUGUCAAACUAGUGAAAGACUCUCUGGGGGUUAUGACUUUGGCGAUAGGAGAUGGUUCCAACGAUGUUGCGAUGAUUCAAUCGGCAGAUGUAGGUGUUGGUAUUGCUGGUGAAGAAGGAAGACAAGCUGUCAUGUCAUCAGACUAUGGUAUCGGACAAUUCAGAUAUUUGACGAGGCUAGUACUAGUUCAUGGAAGAUGGUCUUACAAAAGACUUGCGGAGGCCAUUCCAAUAUUUUUUUUCAAAAACGCUGUUUUCACUUUAACAUUGUUCUGGUACGGAAUCUACAGCAAUUACGAUGGUUCUUACUUGUUUGAGUUCACUUAUCUGAUGUUUUACAAUUUGGCCUUUACAUCUUUACCCGUCAUCUUUUUGGGUAUAUUUGACCAAGAUGUCAAUGAUGUUGUCUCGCUUCUGGUGCCACAGCUGUACCGGGUUGGUAUUUUGAGAAGUGAAUGGAACCAGAAGAAGUUUUUUUACUACAUGAUGGACGGAAUUUACCAGUCCGUUAUUUGCUUCUUUUUCCCCUACUUGGUGUACUAUAAGACUGGCCUUGUUACAAACACGGGAUUGUCCUUGGAUCACAGAUAUUUUGUUGGCGUAUUCGUGUGCAGUAUCGCUGUUUUUGCGUCCAACUUGUACUUGUUAAUACACCAAUACAGAUGGGAUUGGUUUUCGUCAUUUUUCAAUGGGCUCUCCUGCAUAAUUGUUUUUGGAUGGACCGGUAUUUGGUCAAGUUUCACUUCGAGCGGGGAAUUUUACAAGAGUGCAGCCAGGGUUUUUGGAUCACCCACUUACUGGGCGGUCAUGUUUGUGGGCGUGUUAUUCUGUGUUCUACCUCGUUUCACUUUUGACGUUUUCCAAAAAGUAUUCUUCCCAAAGGAUGUGGAUAUCAUUCGCGAGUAUUGGUUAACUGGUCACUUUGACCAAUACCCUCAAGGCUAUGACCCUACAGAUCCUGAUAGGCCAACUAUCAACAGCCUUCAGACAAACCUCGCGUCAAUGGACCCUGUAAGCCACCUUGAUGCUGCAGUUAAUGAUAACGCUAUAUCUCGCGACACAGUGGUUACCGAAGACAUUCCUAUGAGUUUUAUUCCCAGUACUGAGACUUCACCUGGACGGUAUCGUCGUUCGUCCGCUCCUCGAACUUCGCUUGAUAGAACGCGGCAGCAAAUGCGGAGCUCGAACGAGCUGGAUGUACGCUAUUCUGUAGAGAGGGCAAGAGCUUCUCACGAGCUACCUGGUGUUACGAGAGCUGAGGUCUUAAUGCGUCACGAUUAA